AUGACCGUCAGACGCAUCCAUCUGCUGACCCCACGCACACCCCCCUACCCCCUCCUCCCCCCUUCCACGCUGGAGUCCCGUGGGAAGGCUGCCAGAUUCACGAUCUGGAUGUCCAAGGAGGAGAAAUGUCCAACUCAUAAAUUCCAGCGCUCCUUCGAGAUCUGCGAUCCCAAUUUGGACAAGCAUGCGGUGCAGAGGGGAGCCUGGUAUGCAAACAGUUUGGUGAAGGGAGGACUGAGCUGCAGAGCGGAGCGGCGCAUCCAACAGCGCGUAGAUGCUCCUCCAGUGGGAGGGGCCAAACAUGCGAGGCCCCCGCCCCUGCUCUACACGCCCUCACUCUCACUGCGCCUUUUAUUGUGGGAGACAGGACUUCUGUUUUAA